GUGUUCUCUCAUCACCCGUGCACAUUCCUGAAAACUGUCUGAAUGGGAGUUGCUAUCAUGUGGCCAUCAAGGACGCGUCAAUCCUGCAAGGUUUGGGCUGACGUGCAGGUGUUCCGGGCAAUCUUGAGGCUGCGCCACGAAGGGAGCAGUUUCCAAAAACAACACUCAGGGCGCGAAGCCGCACACGAAUUUGGAUGUUCAAGUGCGGCCGCUGAGAGUAUGGGCGUCGCGCAUCUGAUGGAAGCAUGCACUUCGCAGACAGAGUAUGUGCACAAUCUUCCAACUGUCACGUAGCAAAACGCAACAGGCCUCACAGCACCGUUGUCGACAGGACCGAAGUUCUUCCACAUCUGCUGAUUGGCAAUCGCGAUACUGGCAUUCGGCCUCUGCGGUCAGCGCUCGGCAGCGAACCUUAACUGCGCCCGUGGCCCCGUGCUGGCCGACACGAUUGCCGCUCAGGCUCUAUCAUGCGCGAAGGCAUCUAGUCCCCCCCAGUUGAUAGAUGAGAAGGAGGGACCCGCGCAGGAAGACAUCGUAUUCCCGCUCCUGCUCCAAGCAUCCGCGCG